UUAUAGCUUGUAUAAUUAUGGUAUUGAUAUUCAUGUAAUGAAUCCUUUCUAUUACCUUUUUAUCUACGGAUUGCGCGGCCAAAUCAAAGCAAUAUGGCGGCUUGACAUAAUAACUUUUGAUACGGAAUAUAUUAUUUUGAUUGUAACGAAAUAAUCAUCACAGAAUCCGAUAAAAUUUUGAUUUAUGUGAAGGUGUAUGAGAAACUAUCUGGUGAUACAUAGGUUUGACCGUAACCUGUUUGCUAAUAGAAUAAAAGUGUAACUUUUUUCUGUUUAAAACUAGAUGUGCUUCCAAGAUUUAUUUUAUUAAUGGAUGCAAAGAUGUCCUUAAUUAUUAAAUUAAAGUAGUAAUGUUAUGCAAUAAGUUUUAGUAUCAAAUACUGUUUUUCUAUGAAGAAUUAUGUCGUCUACACAAACCAAAAUGCGAGGUCCUGGAAGACCACCAAAAUCAAAAAACUCCUGUACAUGGUGCGGGGAAACUAAGCAGCCUUUGAAAUAUGUUCUUCCAACGCAACAUGGAAAGAAAGAAUUCUGUUCAGAAACUUGUUUAUCAGAAUUUCGCAAGGCUUAUAUACGAGGUGCUUGCGUUCAAUGCGACAAUGUUAUCAGAGGUACACCAGUGAGAUUAGAGCAAAAGGAUGGGCCUACAAAAGACUUUUGCUCCCCAUUUUGCUUAAAUAAACAUCAAAAGAAGGAAGGACAAACAGAUAUAAAGAAAAAUAAUAGGGACCAGUCAUCUCCUGCACCAUCCCUUGCACCAUCGGGAUUAAUAAGUGGAAAUAAUAUUCCUUCUACAACUCAAUCAUUUACAAAUACAAGCCAUACAAAUAUAUCUCAUUCCCCAUCAACCUCUACUGGUCCAUUUCAGUAUGAAACGUAUCAAACUUUUGAUUGGGAUCUUUACUUAAAAGAAACAAACAGCCAAGCUGCACCUAUAGAAUGUUUCAAACAGCAUGAGAUUCCAUCAACUAAUGAAUUCAAAAUGGGUAUGAAGUUAGAGGCUCUUGAUCCUCGUAAUUUAACAUCAACAUGUAUCGCGACUGUAGUUGGAGUUCUUGGUCCUCGUCUUAGACUUAGGUUGGAUGGUUCAGAUAAUAAAAAUGAUUUUUGGCGUUUAGUCGACAGUAAUGAAAUUAAUCCAAUUGGUCAUUGUGAAAAAUCUGGUGGCAUGUUGCAACCACCAUUGGGCUUCCGAAUGAAUGCUUCCAGUUGGCCAAUGUUUCUUCUGAAAACAUUGAAUGGUGCUGAAAUGGCACCUGCAAAAGUAUUUAAACGCGAGCCAAAAACACCGCGUUCUAAUAUGUUUGAAAUUGGACAUAAAUUGGAAGCCAUAGAUAAAAAGAAUCCACAACUUAUUUGCACAGCAACUGUUGGUGCAGUUAAAGAAGAUAUGAUUCAUAUUACAUUUGAUGGCUGGCGGGGAGCGUUUGAUUAUUGGUGUCGUUUUGACUCUAGAGAUAUAUUCCCUGCUGGUUGGUGUUUUAAAAGUGGUCAUCCAUUACAGCCACCUAGACAGAAAUCAACAGGGCCUAAUAGAUUUAAGUCUAGGACAAGUAACAUCUUACCAGUAAUGGCAGUAUCUGGUGGAGGCACUAAUGGAGAACCAGCUGUUGCUUUAGUGAGUCCUGCUGGUUCAAGUGCUCCACCACAACCAGCCACAGAACCUGAUACUAGUACAGCUAAUACCAAACCACAUUCUUUAGAGAAUGUUACAAUUUAUGUAAAUCAUAAUUGCACAUGUGGCCCCUAUUUUGAUCCUCGUAAAGUAAAGGCAAUGCCAGCACAAUUUGGUACUGGCCCUAUACUAAAUGUCACAAGAGAUAUAUUUCAAGCCUUCUUGAUGGCAGCAAUGAGUCCAAGACAGAUGUUGAGUCUGUUAAAACGUGGCGAAGGAGAAACUAUAAGCUUAAUUUUAGAGAGUAAACCUACUUCUGUUAGGUUACCUAUAUUUAUGGAAGAAGAAGAUUUUUAUAUAUACAUUAGGCGACAACUUGAGGAUCUUUGUGCAUGUGAACAUAUGUUAUUUAGAAGGAAAGAACCCUGCAACAAAUGUCCAAAUACUCAACAACCACAAUCCACCAAUAGUGAAGAAGCAGUUAAUACUGCUACAGCUACAACUAAUAGUACUACUGUAGCAGAAAAACGAAGGUGGUCCCCAAGUCAGCAAAACCUGUCGUCGACUAUCCCACAGCAGCAGACACAACAAAAUUCUGUACAAAGUAUAAACAAUUCAUCAUUAUCCUCACCAACAGCUGCAAAACAACCACGAAAAUCUGUUCCAGAGCUUGAAGCUGCAACAUCCACUACCCAAUCUGAAACUUCCACAAAUCGCACACCUUCUAUUGAACCAGCAGAAUGGACUAUUGAAGAUGUAAUACAUUAUAUUGGUGUUACUGAUCCUGCAUUAGGACAGCAUGCAGAUUUAUUCAGGAAACAUGAAAUUGAUGGGAAAGCUUUGUUACUUUUAAAUUCUGAUAUGAUGAUGAAAUAUAUGGGAUUAAAACUUGGACCAGCACUUAAAAUAUGCAAUUUGGUAAAUCGUAUUAAAGGUAGAAGGCAUAUACUUCUAUGACUUUAUCAAACAUCAAACUAUGUACAGUGAGUUAAAUUGACGUAUUACUUAAACUAGCUGGUCAAGUUUGUUUUCAUCAUUGAGAACAAAAUAAUAUAUAUAAGUUGUUAAAAUAAUGUGAAUAUAUUGAGUAUAAUUUUUCAAUACCUAUUCAUUCAUUGAUUAACAUAGAUUUUAAAUAAAAAAGAAUCAAAGUUUAAUUUUAUUUUAGUAUUUAAAUAUUUUUCUUGCUUUAAAAAUAUGUAAAGUUAUAUUAAUUAUAUGAAUGUAAAAUCUUUUUGAUAAUGAACAAAGUUAAAAAUGUCUAUAGAAGAAUUCUAGAAUCUAAUUAGACUAGUUGAUUCAACUCCAAAUGCUGAAUAAUCAGGUUAAAUAAGAAAAUUAUUUCCUGCAAUAUGUUUGCCUUUUUCAAACUUUAUUGCAAUUUUUAUAUGUUCUCUUGGAAAGACAACUUUUACUAAGUUAUUUUAAUUUCUUAAGUAAGAACACUCUUUGUGGCAUAAAAACAGUGUGAAGUAUAUUUAGUACAAUGAUUUUUUUUGCAUUUCUUUUUGGAUAUAAAUUGAGUUUGUUACAUUAUAUAAAUAUUAGCAUAAUUAUAUGUAAUUAUCUAUGAAAUAUUUCUUAUUUGUUAAUGUGAAAGUAAACUUUCGUGCAUUUUUGUUAAAAAAGAACAUAAGUCGUAAGAAACGCAUGUACAAAGUGUAAUUAUUUUUUGUUUCAUAACACGUAUUUAAGAAUGAUUAUAUGUAAUUACUUCUUAUAUGUAGUUACUAUCUGUUUUAUGAUGUACUGUUAAAACAAAUAAUAAGGUAUCAUUUUAUACAUGGAAGGGCAAUAUGUUCUACUUUAUAUCUUCUAUAUAAGGUAAAAAAUUUUAACAGACUAUCGUUUAUGUUAAAACGUAAUCACAUUUUCUUACAUAUUUUAGACACUUUGUUGUUAUUUCUUUUUUUUUAUAGAAAUAAUAUAUAUGUAAUAAAACACAUUUUUAACAAAUCUAAUUUUGGAUAUAUAAUUCAAAUAAAGUUGAAUUGCCAUGUCAUAUGUGUUUUAGAGAGAACAUACGCUUUUGUACUUUAAAUAUAUGCGUAAAUGUUUAUAUUUUUUAUAAUAACAAUACUUCUACUUUCAUGUAAAAAAGGAUUUCUAGAUGUUAUCUAUCCAUAAUAUAUUUAUUAAUGUAAUUUCAUAAAAAUACUUUCUAAAAGUGUGAACAGCGUAUAAUUCAUAAGCAGGGGCAUUAUAAGGUAAUUUAUGUAAUUUUUUUUACAGUUUUUUUUGCAGAUACAGUAUUAUAUAUUUGCUUAUUUUCAUUUAUGAUAUUUUAAAAAAUUCUUUUAGUAAUUUGUUAAAGUAUGUUUAUUGCAUAGUGUUAACCCUUGGCGGACGAGAGUCGGCAAAUAGCCGCCUAAAUCUUUUCACAGUUCCGGACACUUAUUUUGAAGUGGCUGGCAUACGUCUAUUUUUCUGAGCGAUAAUCUAAUGCGUAUUUAUGUAUGGAUAUAAUAAACUAAACAGUAUUAUGUUUUUGAUGAAAGAA